AUGCGUCACAUAGGAUCCCACCUCUUAAUCGGACGCUUGUUUGAUCGAAGCUCCACUUCACAGCUCUUGAUAUCUGAAGUAAAAGGUGGGACAUUUGUGUCGCAUUUGGACCUACCAUUGAUGACUGGUGGUGGAUUAACGCCAUCGUCUUCAAACUCUGGGGUUUUCUUCCAAGGAGAUGACGAAUCUCAAGGCUUCAUGAACAACUCUCACUUGACUUCCUCUUACGGGAACUCAUCUACCUCCGUCCCUGGAUGUGGACCUGGUGGUUACCACAGUCUCGGCGUGGUCUCUGCGGAUAUGCACAACCAGGCUAUGAUGAGCGUGUCGACUCCUGGUCCAAGCGCAGGAGCUAGCUCCAUGGUGACUGAUGCUAACUCGUCAGGGCUCUCUAAUGGCGGUCCUCACUUGCAGCGCAGUGCUAGCAUCAACAACGAGUCCUACAUGCGUUUACCUGCUUCCCCAAUGUCCUUCUCCUCCAACAUCUCUGGCUCAUCUGUUCUUGACGGGUCCACUGUUGUUCAGCGAGGAGGCUCAAGCGCUACGUCGCUGCCUAGUUCGCAGACUAACCAAAUCCCUCUCUCGAUGGGACGUCGUGCCGCUUCCGAGACUUUCUUUCAGGACCCGAACAGUUUAAGCCAAGCGAGGAAGAAGCCUCGGGUGGAUACGAAGCAGGACGAUGCUCUGCAGCAGCAGAUUUUGCGUCAGUGGCUUCAGAGGCAGGAUAUGUUGCAGCAGCAGCAACAGAGCCAAAACCCACAGUUUCAGCUUUUGCUUCAGCAGCAAAAGCUGAGGCAGCAGCAUCAGUAUCUCCAGUCUCUCCCGCCGCUGCAGCGGGUUCAGCUGCAGCAGCAGCAACAGGUGCAGCAACAGCAACAGUUGCAGCAGCAGCACCAGCAACAGUUGCAGCAACAACAACAAGGAAUGCAGAUGCAACUAACCGGUGGUGGGCCACGGCCUUACGAGAACAGCGUCUGCGCUCGGAGAUUGAUGCAGUACCUAUAUCAUCAGCGACAAAGGCCUUCUGAGAGCAGUAUUGUUUAUUGGAGGAAGUUUGUGACCGAGUAUUUUUCUCCUCGUGCAAAGAAAAGAUGGUGUCUCUCACAUUAUGAUAAUGUGGGGCAUAGCGCUCUUGGUGUUUCUCCUCAGGCAGCCACGGAGGAAUGGCAGUGUGAUCUUUGUGGUUCUAAAUCGGGAAGAGGAUUUGAAGCAACUUUUGAUGUCUUGCCAAGGCUUAACGAAAUCAAGUUUGCAAGCGGUGUACUUGACGAGCUUCUUUAUCUGGGUGUGCCGUCUGAACGCAGAUUUCCGUCGGGAAUUAUGAUGUUAGAGUAUACAAAAGCUGUUCAGGAGACUGUGUAUGAACAUAUCCGUGUUGUUCGUGAAGGUCAUCUUAGGAUUAUAUUCUCCCAAGAGCUUAAGAUUCUCUUAUGGGAGUUCUGUACUCGCCGACAUGAAGAGCUACUUCCUCGUCGCCUUGUAGCCCCACAGGUGAACCAAUUGCUUCAGGUUGCAGAGAAAUGCCAGAGCACAAUCGAUCAAAGCGGAUCAGAUGGGAUUCAUCAGCAGGAUUUGCAAGCCAAUAGCAACAUGGUCAUGGCUGCUGGACGUCAACUAGCAAAAAGCUUGGAGUCACAUUCACUCAAUGACUUAGGCUUCUCCAAACGAUAUGUUCGGUGUUUGCAGAUUUCUGAGGUUGUCAGCAGCAUGAAAGAUAUGAUUGACUUCUGCCGUGACCAGAAAGUUGGUCCAAUCGAGGCUUUGAAGAGUUAUCCGUAUCAAACGAAGGCAGGCAAAUUGCAGAUGCAGGAGAUGGAUCAUCUAGCAAAUGCUGCUCGAGGGCUUCCACCUGAUAGGAACAGCCUCAACAAGCUCAUGGCCUUGCGCAAUUCCGGGAUUAACAUACCGAUGAACAGCAAUAUGAGCGGUCAAGGAUCUCUGCUUCCCGGCUCUACACCAGCCGCGGCCUUUGCGCUUACCAACUACCAGACCAUGCUGAUGAAACAGAACCAUCUGAAUUCAGAGCCAAGCAACGCCACAAUGGAACAAGAACCAUCAAGAAACCCGAGCCCGUCCCCUAGCUACCAAGGAACGAGUCCUCUGUUGCCUGGCUUUGUGCAAAGCCCAUCAAUCAGCGGUGUCUCUUCCCGUUUGUCUCCUCAGCGGCAAAUACCAAGCUCGAGUUAUAAUAGCGGAACAACCCAGCAAUACCAACAACAACAACAACCCUCCUGCAAUAGCAAUAACCAAACAUUGGAACAACAGAUGAUUCACCAAAUAUGGCAACAGAUGGCAAACAGCAAUGGAGGCUCCGGGCAACAACAACAACAGUCACUUUCUGGUCAGAACAUGAAUUCCAAUGUCAACAUGGGAAGAAUAAGAACAGAUUAUGGUCCCGCAGUGGAGACACCAAGCAACUCCAACAGAUUCAGAGGCAUUAAGGGUUUAGAGCAGAGUCAGAACCUGGAAGGUAUGGUCUCUAACACAUCUCUCAACUUUGCGAACAACGGCUUCUUUAGCAGUGAGGUUGAUGAAGGCAUGGGAUAUUCUUGGAAGGCAUGA